AUGGAAGAAGCACGGGGCAGCUUCUCUAGCGUUCCUCGAGAGAUACUCGACGACAUCGUCUCUUACCUACCCAAUAGAGACAAGAAAAGCCUCCGCCAGGCUUCUUCCUACUUUGCCGAGACCGUGAAGAUCCGGAUCUCACGCGUUUUUCUAUCCGCCAACCCAAGAAACAUCGAAGUCAUUGAGGCCAUCGCCUAUCACGAGACCCGACGACGCCAUGUUGAGCAGCUCAUUUGGGAUGACAGCUUUCUGGUGACUCCAGCUAACCUUGGGGAAAUGCGGGUUAGCAGUGAAUACAGCGGCUCGAAUGGCAUUCCCUACCGACCCCCAACACCUGCUCUUAUCCAGAAUCAACGGUCUCUGCUUCGGCAGAAUCUCGGCAAGCUAGACGAGUUUCACCAACUGUAUGCCGAAGCAUGUGCCGUAAACAUUCGCGACAUCCGCGCCAGGCGAGGCAACGACUGCGAAACACCAGCUCACCUAGAGCGAGAGGAAAGAGCGAAGAACGAAAUGCCCAUUGUACACUCGGUUCGCUACUACAGAGAGCUAUGUGAUCAACAGGAGGAGAUCAUCAGCACCGGCGGAGACAUUCGCGCCUUUAGAAUUGCUCUCGACCGAUUCCCCAAUCUCAGGAAAGUCACCAUCACGCCUGCUUGCCACGGGUUUCUCUUUACUCCAUUGUAUGAGACUCCGAUGAUUCGUGAUUUCCCCAAAGGCUUCAAUUAUCCCAUCCCACGAUCAUGGCCAUCGUACGUGGGGAAGGCCGGCUAUCUCAACGCAAACCGUUGGCCUGGCUUUCAUGAGGCCUCAAAGAUCACAUGGAAUGGCGUCCGCGUCGCUCUCAAGGACCUGGCCACGCGGGAUAACCGAGUAACCGAGCUUGAAAUCAACGUUCACGGACUUGACCAUGGUGUGCCUGUCGACAUUUUCCACCCCAGAAACGAGGAGUUGGGGUAUUUCAACACAGUCGCCAAGAAACUAAGACACCUGGAUCUGUCCAUCGAAGUCCCACCUUCGAGAACUGGCAAUCCUCUCGGGCAAACAAGCCAAACCAUCCGCCAGGCUCUUGGCCGCAAUCCUGAUCUGAAUCAUUUCAGCUUGCACUGCAACCGCCAAGGCUAUGAUGGGCGUUUCCCACCUCUCCGCACACUUUUCCCCAUCGAUAAUUGGAAGUGGCUUCAGCACUUCGGACUGACAGGCUUCAAGGUGGAUAUCGAGGACUUGGUCGACUUCCUGUCUUCCAUGCCGACCACUCUGAGCUCUCUAGAGCUUGGCUUCCUUCGUUUCCAGACGGGAGGGGGAGGGGAUACUUAUCACGAGCUGAUGGAGGCCAUGCGAACCAAGCUCGGAUGGAGAACUAGAUCGGAAUACGACAGACCUAAGAUUGUCAUCCGGAUAGAGCUGAUGGAGCCAGUGCCUGGUCGGUACAUUACGGCCGACAAGGAGGUCGAGAAUUUCAUGUACGGUGAUGGCCCCAACCCCUUCUCCUACGACUUGGAGCCAGAGGAGGUGGCUUUUUUCCGCAACGAGCUGUACGAGAGCGGGAUGACGCAUGACGAGUUUGACCCGGCAUACGAGCGGCCUAAUGUGGCCGAUGAGGAACUUGUCGCCUUGGGCAUCAUCAAGGAUGCUCGCCAUAUCGAAGAUUUACCCUACGAUGUCGACGACGAGUCUGAGGACGGCGAGCUGGAGGACGAUCAGGAUUACUAUGAUGACGACAGCCAGGGCGGCUCCAGUGAGGAAGCCGAUGAAUACGAAUGGUCUGAUUCUGCCUCUGAGUAA